AUGUACCACCAUAACCAUGGCGAGGUGGCCAGUCUUCACUUCCUCCAGCCUCCAAAUCCUUCCACUUCCUUCGCCCCUCACCACCACAUGAACAUGCCCUUGCCGCCUCAGGCCUACUUUCCUCCCUCCUUUGAUCCUACCGUUUUUCUCGCCGGCGAUGAUGCGGCGGCUGCCUUUGAGUUUGACACUAUCCUAGAAGAAGCGGCUCACCUUGCCAGCGGCAAUCGCUCGCCCAGCUCGGGCUCUGACGCCGGGGGCGUUAACUACUGCCAGUUGGGCGGUCCUGGCGCUGGCAUUGGAGCUGCGGAGGAGGAGAGGAGGCGACGGCGGAUGGUCUCGAACCGGGAGUCGGCGCGACGGUCACGCAUGCGCAAGCAGCGGCAGCUGACCGAGCUGUGGGCACUGGUCGAGCACCUCCGCGGCGCCAACCGACGCCUCCUCGACGAUCUCAAUGGCGCAUUGAGGCAGUCCGCUGACGCCCGCUGCGAGAGCUCCCAGCUAAGGAGCGAGAAGGCCGAGCUGACCAAGAAGCUCGAGCAGCUGUCGCACCAAUCGGCGCUGGAAAAGAAAGCCGCCUCCAGCAAUCACAGUAGCUGUUCUUCGGAGGAGACAGAAGGAGAAGAAGUUCUUCGGCCAAGAAGCCGCCACUGA